AUGAGCAUCGCCGCCAAGUCCAAUGCCUACCCAGCCGGUCAUGCCGCCCCACCGGAACGCAAAAGCGUCUACCGAAUCGCUCAGAUCGGAGCGGACGGUAUCGGUCCCGAAGUCAUCUCUGCCGGUGUGCAGGUCGUGCACGCAGCAGCCGAGAAGAUCGGUACCUUUAGCGCCGACUUUACGGAGCUGGAUUGGAGCUCGGAUCGGUACAAGCGGACGGGGAGCUAUGUCCCGGAUGACUACAUCGAGGUACUCAAGCAGCACGAUGCCAUCUUCUUUGGAGCGGUCGGAGCGCCCGAUGUACCUGAUCAUAUCUCGCUCUGGGGAUUGCGGCUAGCUAUCUGCCAGCCGUACAUGUAUGCGAAUGUCCGCCGUACGCGUAUUCUUCCCGGUACUGAAUCGCCGCUCCGCAACUGCAAGCCUGGAGAUCUUGACUGGUGUAUCGUGCGAGAGAAUUCGGAAGGGGAGUAUGCAGGACACGGGGGAAGAUCUCACCGUGGACUGGAGCACGAGAUUGGUACGGAGGUCACCAUCUUCACUCGGACAGGUAUCAAGCGUAUCGCUCGAUAUGCCUUCCAGCUGGCCCAAUCUCGUCCCCGCAAGCUGCUCACCUAUGUCACCAAGAGCAACGCGAUGCGGAACGGGAUGGUGUUGUGGGACGAGGUGAUCAAGGAGGUCGCAAAGGAGUUUCCAGAUGUCACCACCGACUUCAUGCUUGUCGAUGCCAUGACGGUCCGGAUGACCCUCAAUCCCCGCUCGCUCGAUACCAUCCUGGCUACCAACCUCCAUGCUGACAUCCUCUCCGACCUUGCUGCCGCUCUCGCUGGCUCCAUCGGUAUCGCCCCUACAGCCAACAUCGACCCUUCUCGCACCAUGCCGUCCAUGUUUGAGCCGAUACACGGGUCUGCGUUCGAUAUUACCGGCAAGGGGCUCGCCAACCCGGUCGGGACGUUCUGGAGUGCGUGCGAGAUGCUGCACUGGCUGGGAGAGCACGAAGCCGCCGAGCUCAUUAUGCGUGCGACCGAGCAGGCGUGUGCCGAUGGGGUCAAGACGAGGGACCUGGGCGGUGAUGCAGGGACAGCAGAAGUGACAAGGGCGGUGAUUGAGAGGAUCAACUGCAGUUCUUGA